CUACGCUACGCCUGGCUAUAAAGCCUUAUACUAAUUUAGAUUUAAAACUAUUAUCUUCAGAUGCGGUUUCAUUUAAAAUAAAGUUUUCGCUCACGACGGACCUGAAUAAUAAAAAAAUCAAAUUUGCCAAAAAAAAUAUGUUUUAUGAAUUAAGUUUUUAAGUCCUACCUAUAUGAACCAGUGAUUUUAUUAAUUUACAAUUAAAUAUUAAAUAUAAUGUAUAAAAAUUAAUCUUCAUUUAUUUAAUCUCUUUGAACGAUAAAGUAAAAAUGUCACGUCAAUAUUAAAAAAAAUCGAACACAGAAAAAAAAAUACUUCAAAAAUGGAGGGAAACUAUACAUACGAGCCGCGGAUUGGCUUACGGUCUCCGAACUUAACAAACACAACUGUUAAUUUGCAAGAAAGCUUCGAAAUAGAUUUGGAAGAUACAAAUUGGAUUUUAACAUCAUCAUUUAUUAUAUUUACUAUGCAAACUGGUUUUGGCAUGCUGGAGUCAGGAUGUGUAUCAAUUAAAAACGAAGCAAAUAUUAUGAUGAAGAAUCUAGCAGAUAUUUCUCUUGGCGGUUUGACCUACUGGAUCUUCGGUUACGGCAUGUCCUUCGGGCAAGGGCCAUUAUCAAACCCCUUUAUAGGGGUUGGAGACUUUUUAGUAGACCCUCCGGUUGGUGACGCUCUUAUGGGACCAGUUUUUGCAUCUUUUCUCUUUCAAUUAUCUUUUGCUACUACCGCCACUACUAUUGUAAGUGGGGCUAUGGCUGAAAGAUGUAACUUCAAAGCAUACUGCCUGUUUUCGUUCUUAAACACGAUAGUGUAUUGUGUCCCCGCGGGUUGGGUGUGGGGGGAGCACGGGUUUCUGAACCGAAUGGGCGCUGUGGAUAUAGCUGGGUCGGGGCCUGUGCAUUUGAUUGGUGGGUCAUCAGCGUUCGCCUCUGCCCUAAUGCUCGGUCCCCGUUUGGGGCGCUACGCUAAAGGAUAUGCCCCUUUGCCCCUGGGAAACCCAGUUAAUGCAGUCAUGGGGACCUUUGUUUUAUGGUGGGGCUGGUUAGCUUUCAACAGUGGUAGCACUUAUGGGGUAAGUGGUGCCAAAUGGCAGUACGCAGCACGUGCAGCUGUCAUGACAAUGAUGGGAUCUUUCGGCGGCGGAGCUUUUGGACUUAUCUUUACUCUUGUGAAGAAUAAAGGUCGAGCUGAUGUCCUGGACCUAAUAAAUAGUGUUCUAGGAUCCCUCGUGUCUAUUACAGCGGGUUGUUUCCUCUACCGCGCGUGGGAGUCGCUGCUUAUAGGCGCUAUAGGAGCACUCAUAGCGUCGCUAAGUGCGGCCUUGUUCGAUAGACUACAUGUGGAUGACCCUGUUGGGGCGUCUGCGGUUCAUGGGGCUUGUGGAUUUUGGGGAGUGGUAGCAGUUGGCUUGUUUGCUGACAAUCCGAUACCUAUGGAAACGACGAAUGGUAGAUCUGGACUGUUUAAAGGGGGAGGCUGGUACCUCCUCGGAGUACAAACCCUCACAGCACUAUGCCUCAUGCUAUGGGGAGCGCUAGUCACUAUGGCACUGCUAUGGCUCAUCGACCGUGUUCUGCCAAUCCGUAUGGACCCGUACGAUGAAUUACUGGGCGCUGAUCUCACUGAGCACAGGGUGCGACAUGGCCAGGUGGGUGUAUCUAGAGCAGUAUCAGCACUACGUCCGUUUCAUCGUUCCAACAGUAUUGAAGAUGUUGGAAACAUUGGAGUUAAUACUGGCCAUAACAUGGUUAUAGAUAAACUGAGUGAGCUAAAGAAAAAGCGAAGUAAAAGCGGCAACCUAAAAAUAUUCACGAACCAAGCGUUCGUCGAGGAACCGACAAACGAUCAAUCGUUCAAAAACACGGGAUUUUUGAACAAACGACCUGGCAACCCUGAGAACGAUUUACACCGCGUUAUUGACUCUAUGGAGAACGAAUUGAAUGGCGCCUGUCACGAUGAAACUGUCAAAAAUGGCGGGAAAUCAACUGUCAAAAGUUUGGAACAUUUCAAGGGAAAAAAGUUUAAAGAAUUAUCAGCCAGUGAAUUGGAGGAAUUGGGAGAAAUUCAAGCGAAUGAAGAUAGAUUUAGACAUAAAAUUGUAGAAGAUGAUUAUAAGAAUGAUGUCGAUAGAAGUGGUUUGACGACGCCGAGUUUUAGGUGGAUUGAAUGAAUAAUUAAUAAUGAUUUUA